AGCGGAUUGAUAAUAAUGUUAUGUCUGUUUUCAGUACCCCAUUCGUGUUCAGAGAAAUGGGAGUCCUAUAUAUACAACGAUAAGGAGUAUUUGAUACAGAAUUUACCUGUAACUUGGGAAAAUGCUAAGAUACUCUGUAGAGGGUAUCACAAUGGCAGCUUAGCUAUUGUAGAUACGAAAGAGAGAUCUGAGUUCCUCGCCGAAGCACUUUCGGAAUCGCAGUUUGCCUUAGAAUCCCUGUGGGUAGGUGCUCGACGAGGUUCCGCAGAAGACCCAGCAGGGUACCGCUGGAGCCAUGGAGUAGAGCUACGCAGGACUGCACUGGAUGUCUUGCAGGAGAAGGAAGUCGGAAAGCACUUCCCCGCAUGGCUAAACCGGACACAUGUUCCGGUACCAGACGAGGGAGCAGACUGCGUAGCACUGGAGAGAGUUUUCCACGACAAACCAGUAUUUGUCGACUUGCCGUGCAGUCUGGAAAGGCCCUUUGCUUGUGAAAGAGAUGCACAAGUGGACCAGAAGGUAUCGGAGCUAAAGACUGUGCGUUGCAGAACUGGUUUAUAUCACGUCUAUGAUGGCAGAAUGGACUGGCACCAAGCAGCUGCGUACUGCGUUUUGAGGAAGAUGACACUCGCAAACAUCGCCACUAUGAGAUGUCUCCGGAAAUUAGGAAUGACCAUGCUGAAAUCUAGACCGAGUAAGUACAUUAUUGCACAGACCGGGAAGUAA